GCUCAUUUUGGUGCUCUAACUCGCUAGUAUCAGCACCAGAAUUGGAUACAAGCCAGGCAAUGGAUGUGUCGAACGUUUCGGAUGUACCCUUCAUGCUGGACUCACCCCCCGGUCGAAAGAAACGCCCAGUUCUAGGGACUGAGUAUCUCGACAAUGCAAGCCAGGUUCUCAUGGCAACCUCCAGUGCACGCUCUUCCACAGCGCCUCUCUAUUCUGGCUAUAUCUGGAUGUACAUGCCGAACGUUAUUGACACGAGAGAGGAUGAAGCGAUCUCCAAGAGAACGGAGAAACAGCCAACGGCAUCUUCAUUCAACGAUGAGUCAAUAGCCAUUCCUACCACUACUUCGUCACCAAGUACUUCAGGAUCUAGAACGGUCAGCUCUAAUACGAACAAGGCAUCCGGGCGAUACGUCAAGUGUUUUGCAGUGAUCAGCGAUCAGGGUCACUUCCAAUGGGUUGAAGUCAAGAAGCAGAACGAUCUGGAGACUGAACAGGAGCUAAAAGCGAGGCUGAAGGGAAGUACAUCCCGUUCGAGUUACGGGAUUCAGCUGACAGCACCAAAAACAGGCGAGCUAGACAGAGACACAGACGGAUGCUCGAUACCUGAGGAGUCGUCGGAACGACUUACAGGAAUUUCAUCGACAGAGCCGUCGAGGUGCGACACAGGGUUGAUUCAGGCGUCUGUGGCCCAUAAGCUGCGCCUGUUCUUCUUUUGCAUCAAGAUCCCGCCCUCUGUACUGACAGAGGUCCUUUUGAACACGGCGGAGGCAACUCCCCGCGCCCCUUCCAUCGCCGCUACCGCUACCGCUACUAAUGCAGCUGCCAAGGCAGUCAACAAGAUUCGACAUCGGCUGUCGUCCUCCCUCUCAAAUUUCACGACAUCUGCUCUGCCACCAUUACCGAACACGAAGUCGCAGUCGCUGACGGGAUCGAUAUCGAAGGGGAAGAACAUGACCUGGCCAAAUAUGGCAUCGUCUCAUGACAAGGAGGUGUUUACUCAGAAUCACCAGCAACAGCAAGCACUGCAUCCUGAGAAGGCGAUGACAGUUCCAGGCGGCUCAAUUGGAUCCGUUUUGCACAAGGCGUCAUCGGUAUCGCUCAAGUCGACCCCGCCGAAUAUCACGACGGUGCCGUCUGUAGCUUUGACAUUAAUGUUACAAGGCAAGGACGGAGAAUCUAUCCAAUUCGCUUCCCCGACUUCGGCAGAACCCACCUCGCCGGUUUCGCCCACAUCGUCGUCCAACAACGUCUUAUUCCUAGCGCAGAGUCUUCAAAAGGCAGUUCUAUUGAAUCGUCAGCACUCGGUCACAAAUGAUGAGUACAGCGACAGCGGCAGCAGCAGCAGCGAGAACACAACCACACAAUCUACACAGUCAUCUCCUCUAGGCUCAUCCAAGGCUCGAUUGACGCUUUCGAAGGCAAUGGCGGCAAAUCAGACGGCGCUUCCUGACUCGGCUGCGAUGCUAGAGCAAUCCAAGUUGCUGCAGGAGCAAUUGGAGACUCAAAAUCGCCAUCAGCGAACAGAGGAUCGCUCUCGUACUAGACAUCAGCAGGAACAUCACACACAUCUACAGGACUCUUCUGGUGUCUAUGUAGAUGUUAAUAGCUCUGCGAGCAUCAACUCUGUGUGUCCAUUUAUGGAGUUGAGCGAGAACGUUGAUGGGUCGGACGAGGCGUUCGUGAUGUUGAAGGGGUAUACAGAGACAGAGGAAGGAUGGAAAGCCUUGCAGUAUGCACUCGAGAAGUCCCUGGAUGGUUUGAUCGGGGAGCAGACGUCAGCGCUUCCUCCUGAGGACACACUCAUUCCAUCUUAUCACUCGCCUCCCGAGGUGCAACUCUCCGAAAAGGCGCAAAGGUUUCUAGACGCGAAGGAGUCGCUUAUCGAGGAGGCCAACCUAGCAGCAUCCAAGGCUGCGGUCGAGGCCGCCAGGUGUUCCACACCUGAUAUGGUUUCUGGAGGAUCCAUCGUGCCGUCGAAUGGAGCCGUGGCGCAGAUUCGAGCGACGAGUGUCAGUCUGACGAGGUGGAUGAAUCUCACGGGCGGCGGCGAGAAGGACCGUGAGAAGAGCAAGAAGGCCAGCUCUUCCGUCCCACAAGCAGAUUCUGAUCAGAACAACGGCAAGCACGCAUACCUUGGUGCAAUGCCAGCACGCCCAAUAACGAUGACUUCAUGCUUCGUGUCAAGCAACGGCCGCUCGACUGCUGGCGCCUCCACUGCGAGUGGGGCGUCUGUGUUCACAACAGAGGCUUCUGCAACUGGAGAAGGUGGUGGUGAUGAUGAUAUUGAAGCCCAUACUAAGCGAAGCGCACCGCCCAACAAUACUCUCUCGCCGUCCAUGGGUGCAGGGGCCAGUAUGCUCCGUCCCCGACCGCGGCUGUCCCAGCAGCGAUCUGCAGACGAACUAUCUAAGGCGUCUGCCAGUGAAACACUCGAUCCAAGCUAUGACAAAGGCCACCAUUCAAGACAGCACACGUCAGGAGGGGAUGUUGCGCUGAAUUCGACUCCAACGACCAUAGUGCAAUCGAUCAGCACUGAGGGCGUAGGAAAUAGCAGUGGUGGAAGUAACGGUCGAUCCGGAUCAGCAUGCAAGGCCACAUCAAGACUACAGCAACGGGAUUUUGCCAGGACUAGUCAAAGAAGGGUGACAGGGGCGUCUGCAUCGGACGCAAUCGCAGCCACUUUGGUUCUUUUGCCAUCGCACUUUCCAGAGUCGGACAUUCAACUCUCGCCUUCGUUGGGAUACGCACCAAUGAUGGACGGAGUAGCGGAGGAAACAACAGAAAUAAGGUUGAACUCAUUCUCGCCGACGGCGGCAACGAGUAGUAAGCUUGCCGAGACCACGGAGAUGUCGGUGUUUGCGCCUGGAGAAGAAGUGUCUUUGAUGGCUGCUGGCAACGGUGGAAACAAGGCUGCUGGUUCGGCCGAGGAUACCGCAAACAGGAGUAGUUUUCACUCGCUGCAUUCUAACAACAAUAAUAACAAUGGCAGGAGCAGCGCGAGACGGUUAUCGUUGAUGGAAUUAGGAAGGUCACUGGGCGUUCAUGCUGCUGCCAAUGAUUAUGGGAGGACGACAAAGGGGGAGGUAACACCACCACAUUUGCAGCCCCUGGAUCCUGGAGCCACGAUGAUGAUGAUGAUGGAUGGCGUUGAUGCACAGACGCAAGAACGAGUAGUCGAGGAGACUGUGCUCGUCGAAGACAAGGCCGGAGGGAGAGGCGUGAGCGGCAGCGGCAGCGGCAGCAGCAGCAGCAGCAGCCAUCCUGGCAAGAAGCAUCAAACGGUUCUUGGAGCGAGCAAGGCAGUGGUUAGCGGUGUGUUUGGCAAGUUCAGGAAGAACAUUGGGUAGAAGGGGGAGCAUUUACCAUAGUUGCAUAGUUGUUUUUUGUUUUUUGUUUGUACAUGUAUAUACGUGUGUUGUUCCUGAGGAAGAUUAAAAGAAAUGGUGGCG